AUGAACUACGGUUACCCAGCAGACAUCCAAUAAUACUACUACAACUCUUCACCGAUGAUCUAGUAGCAAAUGCUAAAAGACGAUCCAUAAUUAUUACAAAAAUUCUAAUUGAUGAAUCAAUAUGCUUAGAGGAGACAUCAUGAAGAAGAGAAAAAACAUCAUUCAGGCAUUUAAAUGAAACAAAGAUCAGGAGCAAGUACUAAUGGGCGUCCAAAGAAUUCAUAAUAUAGUGUUGAAAAGUCACAAAAACCAAAGAAAAAUUCAGGAAAUUCUUAUAAUGCCGUUGGAAGACCAGGAAAAAGUACAAAUUAUUGA